CACCAAUACAUGGAAUUUUUAUUUUUAAAAUUUACUGUAAAAUUUAUCAAAAAAAUAUUUUUAAAAAAUUUUCUAAGUAAAAAUGAAAUAACUUUUAUUGAUUAUUACAAAAAUUAUAGUGUAAAAUUAUAAAAAAAUAGAAAACUACUUAUUUCUCUUGCUAUUAUUUUAAUUAUAUAUUUUUUAAAUAUUACACAAACGCAUAUAUUAUUUAUAUUUUAAAUAUUAUAUGGACGCGUAUUUGUUUUAUUAAAAAUUCAUUACACAAUCACAUCUAAAAAUAUUUUCUAUAUUACAUAUACAAUUAACUUAAUCUUUAUAUUAAAAAUAGUAAAUUUUUUUUUAUAUAAACAUGUUUAUAACUUUGUUUACAUAUUUUAUUAGAUUUUUUUAAUGUAAAAAAUGUAAAAUAUAUAUUAUAUUAUAUAUAUAUUAAAAAAAUCUAUCCUGCUACGCAAAUAUAUAUCUGAUUAAUAAUUUAAUACUCUGCUAUGUAUAAUUAUAUCUGACUAUUUUAAAAAUAUGUUAUUAAAUAAGCAAUAAUAAAUUUUACAUAGGAAAAAUUUUUA